AUGGCACCAAAAGAUCGCCAAGUCUCAAUCUACGAUACCUAUUCUAAUUGUGAAAAUGAAUGCGGCUCUGGUUCUCUUUCUUCCCGCUACGGACGAAAGAUCAAUCGAGUCAGCUUCCACCCGACAGUAGACUUUCAUCACAUUGUAAACCGUGAUGACUAUAGUUCCGAAGAGACGAAUGCGUGCUUUUAUUCCUUAGAAGAAAAGGAGCUCAUGUGUGAAUCUUGCGAAAUGGCCGUGAACCGCAUGGAAGCUGGCAAACGGCCGAAAAAGGACACUUCAUAUCGAGGACUCGAAAACUUUAUCGAGGCCAACGCAACACAGUUUGACGACACCAUACAUGCGUAUAUUGACGCUGUUAUGGAUGAGCAGGAGCGACAAUGGGACAACGAUAUGUUUGAUGGGGAACUUCUUCGCGAAGUAGGCUUGGGGGUCAGCUUACACUCUGCGUCGCUUGCUCACAAAAUGGCAGCGUAUGAUGAAAACGAAGCCCGCAAGGCCUACAUUUCCAUGGGAAAAGCACACCGAAAACUUCAGGAUGAUGUCUCCAUCUCUACUGAAAUCACAGAGGUCAGUAGAUCGACAAUGGUUCACGACAUCAAGAUCAGGCACAACAAGACGUCCAGAACAGAGACGAAAAAGAGUUCCAGCCGACCCCCCAAGUCUCGCAGCUCCAGGAGCCAAAAGACAAUAGGCGGUCCCUUGGAGUCGUUGAGAAACAAGGUCCACGAUACAAAGACGGUUUUGAACCCAUGA